AUGGAGCUCAUAAGUGAGUUUGCUGAGAGUUCCCGCACUUAUUCUAAGAGAAAUACCACUCGGAGAGUUAAAGCGGCAAGUUCUAAAUCAUCUUUGGAGUCGGAGGUGUCCGACCUUAAGGGUAUGUUAUGGAAAUUUUUGGUGAGUGACAAUCAACAACAAGUGAAGACUUGUGGUAUUUGUUCCAACACCGGCCAUCCGACCGAUUCUUGUCCGACUUUGCAAGAGGAAACCCGAGAGGUGAAUGCCGUGGGAUAUCAAGGGCAAAGGAAGUAUGAUCCAUUCUCAAACUCUUACAAUCCCGGAUGGAGAGAUCAUCCGGCUUUUAGUUACAAGCAAAGGAAUCCAACUCUCCAAGGAAAUCAGAAUUUGCAACAAGGUAAUCACCCUCCUCCUCUCAUGCCACCAUAUCAAGCUCAAGGGAAAUCCUCUAGCUCCAACUCAAUGUCUACCGAGGAUAUGAUCAAGGCCUUGGCUCAAAAUGUGAGUACUAUGCAGUCCAACAUGGUGCAAUUUCAACAGGAGACAAGGUCUAGCAUUCAAAAUUUGGAAACACAAGUGGGCCAAAUGUCUAGUGUCGUGAAUAAACUUGAGGCCCAAAGUUUGGGGAAGCUACCAUCUCAAACCGAGGUGAAUCCCAAGAGGAAUGUGAGUGCCAUGACUUUGCGGAGUGGCAAAGAGUUGGUUGAUCAAGAGCCUGGCAAGAGUAAGGUUGUGGAGGAGAUUGUAACAAAGGAAGAGGAGGUGGAGGUUCUAGUCCCAUCAAAAGAAGCUGAAAAAUUGGUGAGUCCUAGCUCUCACCAAGAGGUAAAAUAUUUUUCGAAUUACAAGCCGGUACCCCCAUUUCCCGAAGCCUUAAAAGACAAUCGUAAACUUGAAUCUUCUAAGGAUAUUUAUGAAACAUUAAAUCAAUGUGUCGUAAAUAUUCCUUUGUUAAAAUUGAUAAAAGAUGUGCCUUUGUAUGCUAAGUGGUUGAAGGAAAUUUGUUCCAUCAAGAAAAAGAAAAGUUUAAAAGGAAAGCAAAAGGUGAAGGUUAGUGAACAUGUUUCCACUGUUUUUCAAAAGAGAAUGCCUAAAAAAUGCAAUGAUCCGGGCAUGUUCACUAUACCUAUAACCCUUGGUGACACAAAGAUUGAUAGGGCUAUGCUAGAUUUGGGAGCCUCCAUUAAUGUGCUUCCUUAUUCCUUAUAUGAGUCCGUAGAACUUGGUGAAUUGCUUCCUACUAAUGUUGUCAUACAAUUAGCGGAUCGGUCCACUUCCAUUCGUAGAGGUGUCUUGAAAGAUGUUCUAGUGGAAGUUGAUAAGAUGAGUUUUCCUGCUGAUUUUUAUGUAAUUAACAUGGAGCAUGAUAGGCAUUCCGCCCCUAUUCUUUUAGGGACGCUGUUCUUGAAAACGGCUAACGCUAGGAUUGAUUGUGGCACCGGUUCUUUGACCAUGCAGUUUGAUGGUCAAAACAUUGAGUUUAAAAUGCAUGAUGUCAUGGGAUGUAAAGAGGUUCACUCUAUCUACUCUAUUGAUGUGGUUAAGCCUAGUGUUCAUGAUGUAUUCGAUGUGAGGUGA